AUGACAGUUUCUUCCUCAUUGACUCCCCGAGACAGUCAGGGAACUGGUAUUCUCAUUUUUAUUUGGGUUCUAAGUGGCAUCGCAACGCUAGUAGUCAUGUUGCGUAUUAUAGCCAAAGUGAAGAUUCGGCUUUUUCGAUUGGAUGAUCUCGUUAUGAUUGCUGCCCUGGUAAUCUGCCUUAUCGCAUCCUCCUUUUCGACUUCUGCAGUGAGAUUCGGAUACGGGCAGCGCAGCCCGGUACCCUCCGAAGACAAUGCGAUCAAAGCGCGGCAAUUUUACCUCAUAGGCCAGGCUAUUAUGCUCGCUGGCACGGCACUAGGUCGAGUAGCCUUCGUGUUAUAUAUGUUGGCUAUUCUGGGAGGGAAGAUAUGGCACCGUAUCGUCCUCGUCGGCCUGACAGUCCUGGGACUUGUAAUCAAUUUGGUUUGCAUUAUCAUGAUAUUUACUAUGUGUCCGAAUGUAAACGGAAACUGGGACUGCCGACUGGGGGGAAGAAACCGUCUGAUCCAAGUUGAACUAAGCUAUAGUUACUUCCAAAGCGGUUUCAACACUUUCAUCGACCUCUACCUAGCAAUCGUCCCUACGUGGAUCUUCUGGCAUCUUAAUCUGAAACUCAACAUCAAGCUCAGUCUGGUAGUCCUAAUGAGCCUAGGGUUAAUAGCCAUGGCAGCCGCCCUAGCCAAAACCGUUCAACUUCAGCAAAUGACCCAAGACAUGCUCACAGGCACUACAGACCUACUUCGAUGGGCUUUCCUAGAAGGAUACCUAGUAAUCACCACGGCUUCUCUACCCUGUCUGCGAUCUCUAAUCAUGUCCUCAAUCCUCUACACGAGGGGCAAUGGCGAUCGAUCACGCUCCUACGAGUUAAGAACGCCAUAUGAUGGGGCUGUUGGGUCUACAAACGCCAUAGCGAAUACUAAUUCACAUUGGGGAACAGAUUCCCGGCUGCGUAAUAUUCUUCCUCGGUCAAAUAGUAUGAGGACUGGUGGCAGCGUGGAUUAUAUUCUAGGUAGUCGGGAUAGCGUUGAUGGGAUGCAGAUGAAUGGGAUCGGUCAGGAUUUGAAACAUCAGAGGAAAUGCAUUCGGAAACAAGUUGAUGUGAGUGUUGUUGAGGAGGACAAAUGA